AAAACAAACAUGGCGGUGCCCAGGGCAGACAGAAAGACGAAGGAAGGACGGAAGUUACGUGCUGAUUUAAGUAUGACAACGACUGCAAGUGAAGUGCCAACUGCUCAACUCAUAUCUUUUGACGAUGAAACCAAAUCCGAGGGCAACGAAAGCGAAAUGGAAAACUUAAUUCGAAACAAAUGCAGUAGUACCGAUGUGCAAAGUCGGAGCUUCGUUGAGAAGGGACACACACCAAACGUUAACGUGGUCGUGGAUGCGGGCUGUAAUGAGUCGAGAAUCAACGAGAAAACGGAUAUGUCGCUCAGCAAAGAUCCUAACGACACUCAGAAAAGGGGAACUAUUGAGCAUGUGAAACUUUGUGGCUACCUCAACAAGAUGGGAGAACGGGGCAUAAUUAAAUCCUACAAAUCAAGAUGGUUUGUUUUCGAUGAGCUACGGUGCCGUUUGUAUUACUACAGAGCUCCACAAGAUCUAUUACCUUUAGGAUCUAUUGACAUUGCUAAUGCAACCUUCAACUUUGAAGUCAAUGAUUCAUCUAGCACUGGUCAGUUUCAUAUCUGCACAGGAGGUCGAGUGUAUCAGUUACAAGCAAAGGAUCGUCAAACCAUGAUGUUCUGGCUCCAGGAGUUACAGGAACGACGCAGAGCUUACAGCCAACAAAGAACCUCAUUGACCAGGGAUAAGUCACAAAGUAACUUGUCUCCAACGACUAUGGAGCCUAACUCUGGUUUGAUUUCCACAAAGAGAAUAAAGGAAAGGAGCGGCGAUCCAUUCAAAGGUAUUCCUCCAAUCUUCGGCCAUGUGGAGGUUCCUAGACAUACUAUUGGUGAAUCCACGGCACAUACCAUUCAGCAAACGGGGGUGUUCAACCUCUCCCUCACCAACCUCAAAACUGAAUUCAGGAACCAGAUUACAAACUUUGGAUUGAGACGAGGAGCAUCAGGGGAAGAAGCAGCUUUGAUUAAUCCUGCCACGGAUUGCCUGCAGUCAGAUCCAACUCAUGUAGUCAAAAGACCGUCGUCGUUGAACCCCACACUCGGUGUUAGUCUUGACUCAAGUCUGCCAGACAAUGUAUCAACAGAGCAAGGAAUGAGCAGAGGAGCAAGGGGAACUAUGAAAGCUGGAUUCAUCAAGAAGUUUAGCCGAGGUGCAGCUCCUGAGUUACCAUCUCCUACAGCUGUCUGGUUUGAGAAUGAACCUAUGAGGGAUAAUGACUGUGCACAGUGCAGGAAGUUUCAUCAACAACUGGGUUCUGUUCAGGAAGAAUUGGAGCUUGUAGAGAAUGAAGCAAGAGCUAGUCAAGAAGUGAUCACAAUGCUACAUAAACAACUAACUGCUGCCCAAAUGGAACAUUCGACCAAUGACGUGUUUCUGAAGUGCAAGACUGAUCAAGAGAAGUUGUUGAUAUUGAGUAGGAAGGAUAAACAACUAAUUCAGUUAGAGCAGUUGCUUCAAGAUAUGAGAGACGAUCGAGAUAGUUUCAGAGAACAGUUAAGAUCUAAGGAAAGAGAAGUGGAUCAGUUAAAUGAGCAGUUAUCAAUGUUUAUGGAGAUGGUUGCAGCUAAAGAUCAAAUUGUUAUGGCCCUGACUAUAAAGGUGCAUGAGCUGGAGCAGAAUGAACCAAUUAGGUUAUCUAGUAGACUACAAAGUACUCCUGCAAACAAAUCUGGUAAUGAAGUCCGAUGCACACAAGGCAACACUCCCAGUAAUGAACAACAAAGUAGACAUAUAUCAUCCUCAUCCACAGUUAACAACAGUACUCCAUUCAUUGAUCCAAUAGCAUACGAUAAACUCAAGGAUGCUUGCGAGGCGUUUGAAACGCAAAAUAAAUUUCUGAAUUCUGAGAUUCUGGAGCUGAACCACAUCAGGGAAGAUGAUUUGCAACGAGAGAAGAUACUGUUUGAGCAGUAUUGUGAGAUGGAGGCAGAGUUUUAUAAGAUUCAGAGUAAAUACCUUCUGUUACUUGAUGAGAUGAAGACACCCAAACGAGGUUCUGGUUCCUCAGUUGCAGAGACAGAUGAACUGAUAUCUAGACUGAUUGAAGAAGCAUUAGAGUCUGAUACUUAUGACAAGGAGCAGCCUUUGAAUGAAACAAUAAGCAAUGGGAAAUAUGAUCGCUUUGGAUUUAUGGAAGACGUUGAGGAGAGUGGUGAUGGAGAGAAGGAUACGUUAACAUCUAAGGCAGCUUUGGCUAAGAGACGAUCAGAACAAAUUCAGUCACAGAGAUCUGACCAUGGGAUUUCACUGUCAGUCAAAUGGGAGAACUAUAUGGUCCAACACGGAGAUAGGGAACUCACAAGAACAUUGGAGCUGAAAUCUCUUGUGAGGCAAGGUAUACCACAUGAAUCAAGACAUCGGAUAUGGAAAGAGAUGGUUGAAUGGAGGGUGAAAAGAGACAAGGAACUGACUGGACCUGGCUACUAUGAGAAGUUAAUCAAGUCAGAGAAAUUUAAGAUGAAUCCCGCAACCAAGCAGAUUGAGUUAGAUCUGUUGCGAACGCUGCCGACCAACAAGAACUUUGACAACAUUGAAUCUAAAGGGAUACCUAGAUUGAGACGAGUCUUAAAGGCAUACAGUGUGCAUAAUCCUGCUAUUGGCUACUGUCAGGGGUUGAAUCGUCUGGCAGGAAUUGGAUUGCUGUAUCUAGAUGAGGAAAAUGCAUUCUGGUGUCUAGUGGCUAUUAUUGAGUGUAUAAUGCCAGCUGAUUACUACAGUAAGACAUUGAUUGGAUCUCAGACUGAUCAGAGAGUCUUCAAGGACCUACUCGCAGAGAAACUUCCCAGACUCAAUGUACAUCUUGACACUUAUGGGAUUGAUCUAUCUCUUGUUACGUUCAACUGGUUCAUUACAAUAUUCUGUGAUAACAUCCCUGCAGAGACAAUGGUGCGGAUUUGGGAUACGUUCUUGUAUGAAGGAAAUAAAGUACUGUUCCGAUUUGCUUUGGCUUUCUUCAAGAUGAGUGAAUCACAAUUAUUGAAGCUUAAUGAUUACAUACAGAUCUUUAACUUCUUGAGGAAGAUGCCUUCUAGAAUGAAGGAUGUACAACGCCUAUCACAGAUUGCGUUUCAUGAGUUAAAUCCAUUUCCAAGGAGACAUAUUAAUAAUAAGCGAGCUCUACACCGAGCACAAGUCAAGCAACAACUGGAAGAACUAGAGAAGAUGAGAGACGAGUUUGUGCCCCAACGUACACCGUCAACAGAGGGCGCUGACAGUGAUGAUGAUGAAGAUUACGAUACCGUAGAGGCUUUGGGCGGCAAGCAGUAAGAAGGUUGUUACUACUUUUAAUUUACAUCUCUGACUGUCCUACUUUUUGAAGUCUAUUAGGAAGUAAGUGAAGCUAAGUUUGAUAAGAAUUAGAGUAAAGUAGAAGUUUGCGGUAACACCAUGUAAUCACUAAAUGAGUUGGGUGAUUCUGAAAAGAACCGUUGGAUUCAACUCGACGUUUCGAUCAGUAUGCUCUGAUCGUCUUCUAGAGAAAGCUGGAUUCUGAUGCUGCUCAAGACGCAUGCUGCAGGACCACCCCAACUCAUCAUUACAGGUGUUACCGCAAACCUGUACUAUAAUUAUCGAAUUUUCACCAUGCAAAGUUUCAAAUCCUACCUAAUAAUCAGAGUGUUGGAAGAAAGCUGACUGUUUUAUGAACCCAAAUCACCAAAUACAAAACUAAAUUAAAGUACUAUAAGUAAGUCAGUUUAUACAUGGUGCAUGUACCUUCAGAGAAAUGGUUCAUAAACAGAGUACGUUAGAAAGUUAAUUUACUUUUUUUGUUGACACUACAAUCAAAAAUUCUCAGAAGCACAUUUAUCUUAACUUCAAAAUUUUCCUACAAUUGAAAUUUCGAUCUUUUAUAUCAAAUUAAACUGCGCCAAUAAAGUAUCUAAACACUUACAAAUGG